AUGCGUGUUCCGUGUCCCUGCGUGUGUGCUGGGCAAGCGAAGACCAAAGGAGCCCGCCUGGGACCGGACGCCUCGGCCGCGCACGACCCCACCUCCGGGGUGGGGCGCCCCGGCGCCCUGGGACCCGCCUUUCCCACUGCACCACCCGGUCCCGUUGCUGGGGAGACCGAGCUCCGAGGAACUGGGCAGGGCGAGCGGAGGGUCGCGUUCGCACGUGUCCUCCACCCCACCCCCCAGCACCUCCUGGCGGGCAGCGCGGCGGGCUCUGUCACCAGCACCGGUCCAGGCACCAAGCGCGGCCCGGCGCGGAGGUUGCAGUCUCCAGGUUUCACAGCGGCAGCCUCCCUCGUGUCCUUGGCCUGGGCCUUGGCCUCUUACCAGAAGGCCCUGCGGGACUCUCGUGAUGACAAGAAGCCCAUCAGCUACAUGGCCGUCAUCAUCCAGUUCUGCUGGCACUUCUUCACCAUCGCGGCCAGGGUCAUCACCUUUGCCCUCUUCGCUUCGGUUUUCCAGCUGUACUUCGGGAUCUUCAUUGUCCUUCACUGGUGCAUCAUGACCUUCUGGAUCGUCCACUGUGAGACAGAAUUCUGUAUCACCAAAUGGGAAGAGAUUGUGUUCGACAUGGUGGUGGGGAUCAUCUAUAUUUUCAGUUGGUUCAAUGUCAAGGAAGGCAGGACACGCUGCAGGCUAUUCAUUUACUAUUUUGUGAUCCUUUUGGAAAACACAGCCUUGAGUGCCCUCUGGUACCUCUACAAGGCUCCCCAGAUCGCAGAUGCAUUUGCCAUCCCAGCGCUUUGUGUGGUGUUCAGCAGCUUCUUAACUGGUGUUGUUUUUAUGCUGAUGUAUUAUGCCUUCUUUCACCCCAACGGACCCAGAUUCGGGCAGUCACCAAGUUGUGCUUGUGAGGACCCAGCCACUGCCUUCACUCUGCCUCCAGAAGUGGCCACAAGCACCCUACGGUCCAUCUCCAACAACCGCAGUGUUGUCAGCGACCGGGAUCAGAAAUUUGCAGAGCGGGAUGGGUGUGUACCUGUCUUUCAGGUGAGGCCCACUGCCCCAUCCACCCCAUCAUCUCGCCCACCACGGAUUGAAGAAUCAGUCAUUAAAAUUGACCUGUUCAGGAAUAGGUACCCAGCGUGGGAGAGACACGUUUUGGACCGAAGCCUACGAAAGGCUAUUUUAGCCUUUGAAUGUUCCCCAUCUCCUCCAAAGCUGCAGUACAAAGAUGACGCCCUUAUACAGGAGCGGUUGGAGUAUGAAACCACUUUAUAAAACAAAACGACUUGCAGGAGUCACAACAUCCAGAUGGGGGUGACAGCUGGGCUGUGGCAAUAAUGACACUUCAUCCUAGAGUAGGGCAACAAGCUGUAAUGUUCUUAGUAGGACUUUCAUCCUGAUUAUUGUUUGAUCCUCUGUCAGCUGACUGCCUGCUGCUAGUCACUUUUCAAGCCGGCAGUGCCUGAGGGUCUCUUAAUUCAUCUGAAGGAAUGACGCCAGCUUAGUAUGAUUCUUUGUUGCUACCGAACUCCUGCAUGGUCUUGGAGUGCACAAACCAAGAGGGUACUAUUAUGAUGGAAAAUUAUGCCUCUAUUCAAUAGUGUUUUGAUGGAGUUAACUGAUCUUUGCAUAAAAAUAUAUUCAGUUAUACACAUACAUACACACACCUACAUACACUAACACACUAACACAUACAAAUAACACCGGUCUUCUGUCAAAAUAGCUAAGGUGAUUUUUCCUGGUGCAAAGCUCUGAUUCCUACAAGAAUAUAAAAACAGAGAUGGACAGAAUACAUCCCUCAAGACUCCUGGAAAAAAAAAAUGUGGUACUGCUUAGAAAAUAAUUCAUAAACCAUUUUCUCCUUUGGAAACCAAUACCGUGUGUGAAAAAUGUAUCCAAUGGAGAGCAAACUCGAGUGUGUUUACACAUGUAUUAGCAUUGAUGGAAUGGUUUGCUUUCUACAUAUUUGUUUUUUAUUUUAAAUUUUCAGUUGAGAACAUCUUUUAUGACAGAAAUCCUAUGCAGCAUAUGUAUGGCUUUCGACAAGACCAAGGAGCUCAAUAACUUCGUGAUGUAAAUUAAAUGAUAAUCAUGACUCAGUAUUCAAUUGCAAAAAUUCAAUAAGUACACAAAGAGGAAGUGGGGGGAAAGGCAAAAUGAGAGGCUGAUUUGCAGACAUGUGCAGCUCCCAUUGGCAUGUAAAGACGGAGCAGCAGGAGAGGACGGGGCUGUAGCUGGGUCCGUUUCAGGGCGCAGAAUGAUUGCAGAAUGGUUGGCUCUGUGUGAACGUAGGCAGGCAGGGUUCCAGAAGAUGCCACGCCACUCCUUUCUAGUGCCAAACACUGUCCAACCACAGGACUGACAUGGAAGCCCCAAACAGCCGAGAACGAGUGGCGUGAGCUCCCCGAAAGCAGACAAGAGAAUGAACAAUGAUGUUCUCCUCCUUGUACAGACUUUUGCCCCCUAAUCCAAGGUCAAAGUGAUAUGUCUUUUAGAGGCUUUGGGACACUUUUUAGUAAGUAUGAGCAGACAAAUGCAGUGAAUAUGCUAUGAGAAAACCCUUCUGGACUGAUUUGAGGGCUUACCACUAUAUCCAGCUAAGAUUUGUAUUUGAAUCAUCUGUAAAGUCGCUCUCUUACAACAAUCUUCUGGGUUUUAAAUACCUCCGUACAGCAAGUAAACAUUCCCCUGCUUUCUUUUCUCAGUGUCCUCAGUCAUGGUGCUUUUUGUUGCAUUAAAAGUGCCGGUCAAACUUUGAUAGUAUUUUUUUAUAGUUGGUGCAGAGUGGAAUAACUCAUGGAUUAUUUCAAUAUUUUUGUAAUAAAAGUAUAGGGUAUACAUAUAGGCAUCAUCACUUUUUUUAUAAACCUGGUAUCAUUUAAAAUAUUUUAAGUAUCAUAAUUACUUGGGAUAUCAGAAACUGGUCCUCAAAUUCCAUCAGCCUGCCUUGGCAGAUUGAAAACACUUGUCUCUUGCAAGAUCACCCUACUUUGCAAGUUGGUGCCCCCAGGAACCUGGCCAGGGGUGCUAUCAGAAUAUCAGGUGAAGAGAGAAUCAGCUUAACUAGAAAGGGCUUGACAAGACUGGCCAAUGUUUCCCAGGAAAACAAAGAUAAACAUCUUGGAACUUGCCAAGCUUUACUAGAGGUGAUUUGCAGUUAAUUAAUUCAACAGACAUUUUAAAUCUUGCCAUUUCUUGACUUGUAAUAUUGUAAACGAGCAAGGGAACUAAUCAGGGAGUGGAAAAGGAGACUUCGCCGCCCAGGCCUACAGACAAAGCCCUCUGUGCAGCACAGCGCUGACAAAUUCGGGCUGCCUGGUUCCUCAUCGUUCAUGCUAUGAAUCUUCAUCUGCCUCAUUUGUUUUUGCCAAGCAGAAGUUCACGGUAGUUGCUGCCAUUCCAUAACCAUGACAACAGACAUGUCCCCUUGUGAAGGCAGAGGCCUUACUAAAGUGGGAAGAUGGAGAAGUUGCUGGUGGCUUCAUGUCUGAGACUGACUCUCCUUAAGGGAACUCUCCCCCGUCGCAGUUUUUGGUCCCUGGCCCCUUCCUGCCCUGCACACCGAGAGCUUCUGACGGAUCAUGAGAUAUUUUAAGGUACUGUAAACCACAUCUUGCUUGUAGAACUAUCCCUCCUUCUAACAGCAGUGAGAUUCAGGGUGACCAUGGCCUUACUCAUCGUCCAUUGUAAAUACGUCAUGACAUCACAAGAGCCUCCGGGUUCAGACUCCCUACACCAGGUUUACAAGGAUGAGAAUCUUCUAAGCAUAUCUUGGAUCUUGGUUCCAAUACAAUAGCCUGUGUAUCUAUUCCCAAAUUGGAAAAAUAAUUCUUGUGAGAAUGAUUUUCAGAAUAAUGGAAGCGAAAAAAAUUGAACAGUUAAGCAAUUUUUCAACGUAGACAAAACCACUGGACUGUUGAUAGCCCUAAAGCUCUGAUUUUUCCUCAUGACUAAGUUUCUUUUCAUAUGGGGGCUUUUGACAUCUGAAUUUUCCAGAUGAUUGCUGAACCAUAUUCACUAAACCAAAGUAGACACUACAGCAUUACUAAAAAAUAAAGACUGUCCACAUGAAUGCAAAUAUCCCAAUGAAAAGUGAAGAAGUAGGUCACUCAAGUGGUAAAUUUAGUCUUCAUGAUAUCGAACAUCUGGAUAUUUGGGAAAUUCCAGAUGUUUGAAGCAUACGGUUUCCUGUCUGGUUGUCUGGUGUUGUCUAGAUAGCUGAGCUGGGGCCGAGCCCGUGGCACACUCGGGAGAGUGCGGCGCUGGGAGGCGCAGCAG